AUGAGUGUGCAUACAAGAAACGAAGACAGAAGCAGAAUGAGUGCCACAGCACUGCAGACCACAGGUUUUGUAGCAGGCGCCAUCGGUACAGUUGGAGUUCUUGCUGCCACAUUUAUGGAUGUUUGGUGCAAUGAAGACCAGCAGGAGCACCAGGCAACUCCCAUCCACCAUUAUAAGGGCCUGUGGAAGGACUGUAAGGUGUCCCAGUCUGGACUCACUGAGUGCCAACCUCUCUACAGCUACCUGAGCUACUCGAGAAUCCUUCAGGCUAUAAGAGCUCUGAUGAUAGUAGCAAUUUUAGUAGGUGUGAUUGCAGUAUUCAUUGGAUUCUUCUGCCUAAAGUGCCUCAAUAUGAGAUGUAUGGAUCUAUUGACCAAGGCCAAACUGAUGCUAAGCGCAGGGAUUUUGUUUAUCAUUGCUGGCAUUUUUGAUAUUUCUGGAUCAUCAGUGUAUGCUGAUCAAAUAGUGGCCAGUUUCAUGAUGACCCAAUACAAUCAAAAGCAAGGAGAGAAGGAAGGAAUACAAUGUGGGAAUGGCAUGGGCAUGGACACGGGAGGAAUUAAUUCAUUUGCUUCCAGGUACACAUUUGGUCCUGCCCUCUAUGUAGCCUGGGUAGGUGGAGCUUUGUUAAUUUUGGGAGGAAUUUUGAAAUGCAUCGCAUUCAAAACAAUGGAAACCAACACUGAUACAAGACAGGGAUAUAUCUACAACGCCACAGCCUAG